GCCUUCCCCCCGGGGAUGAUUGGCGCGGUCCCGGAGCCGGGCCCCGCCUCGCCCCCUCUGGAUUGGCUGCCGCGACGUUCUGUUUUGGAACGUUGCCGAGUGUCAGUGUAACAAAUCGGCGGUGUUUCCGUUGUGGGAGAAGUCGGCUCGAUACAAUGCGAGUGUGAGUUAGGAGGAGGCUGAGGGAGAGGCAGCGGUGCACGGCAACGCCAUGGACAAUCAGUGCACUGUACAGGUAAAACUGGAACUAGGCCAUCGAGCCCAGCUUCGGAAAAAGCCGACUAAUGAAGGAUUCACCCAUGACUGGAUGGUGUUUGUUAGAGGACCAGAACAGAGCGAUAUUCAGCACUUUGUGGAAAAAGUGGUAUUCCGGUUGCAUGAGAGUUUUCCAAAGCCCAAACGGGUUUGUAAGGAACCACCUUAUAAAGUAGAGGAGUCUGGAUACGCUGGAUUUAUUUUGCCAAUUGAUGUCUACUUCAAGAACAAGGAAGAACCUAAGAAAGUCUGUUUCACAUAUGAUUUAUUCCUAAACCUGGAAGGGAACCCACCUGUGAACCAUCUACGUUGUGAGAAACUCACCUUUAACAACCCAACCAAGGAAUUUCGCCGUAAGCUGGUAAAGGCAGGAGGGGUUAUGGUGAUGCCUGAAGGAACUGACACAACCUCUAGACCAAGCCCAGACUACCCCAUGCUACCCACAAUUCCACUGUCUGCAUUCUCAGAUCCAAAGAAAAGCAAACCAUCUCAUGGCUCAAAGGAUACAAAUAGAGAGAGCAGCAAAUCCUCAAAACCUCACAAGGUCACAAAAGAGCACAAGGAACGGUCUACAAAAGACUCUGAAAGCAAAACGACCGCGAAAGAACCUGAAAAGGAUCAUAGUAAAUCAUCCAAGGAGCUAUCACGGAAAUCAGCGGAAAGCAAGAUUUCAAAGGAAGAGAAAGCUACUCCAAAGGCAACUUCUAAAGAACCAAAACCAGCCUUCAAGGAGUCUAAACUAGAUAGUAUGUCACCCAAAGGUAGUGGGAACCUACAUCAAGAGUCAAAGCCCAGUAUUAAGAGGCCCUCCAAUGUAGAUUCAAUGAAACUCAAUGUUAAAAAGCAAAAGAAAAGUACUUCAGAGACAUCAAAAACUUUCCCAAGUGUCUCGCCAAGAAUUUCUUCUUCUUCAUACUCUGAAAAAAAGCAGUUGAAGGAAAAAGAAAAAGAAAAAGUGAACGUUAAAGUAGAGAAGGUUAAAUCUGAAAGUAGUGUGAAAGAGGUGAAAAAGCCCGUGGAUUCAGAUGAGUGUAAUUCAGAAGAUGAAGUGAUCUCCAAAUCUGAGUCGGUGCGAACUAGCCAGUCGAACACGACAUCAAGUUCGGACUCGAGCUCCGAAUCCGAUUAUGCACCUACCCAAAACCACAGACAAGGACCUCUGCGCUCCAUGGUGGAGGAAAUCCAAUCUGAAGGCUCAGAUGACGACAGCAGCUCCGAGGAGGAAAGGCCUGUAAAAAACAUGGCAGUUAGCAGAGAUCACAGGUUGAGUUUAAGUGAUGACAGUGGAAGUGAAAGCAGCGAGAAUUCCAAUGUCAACACCCUAGACCAGCCUUCAAUUCAAAAACACAUAGCUACCAGCAACAAGACAUCUGGCAGAAAAAGUCCUGAAAACUGUGAAAAACCGGACAAAUUAUUUAAAAAAGGAUUGCAAGACAAGUCAUAUACAGAGGAACUGGUGGAACUUCACCGCAGGUUGAUGGCACUACGAGAACGCAAUGUGUUGCAGCAGAUUGUAAACCUUAUUGAAGAAACAGGACAUUUCAAUGUUACAAACACAACUUUUGACUUUGACCUUUUCUCAUUGGAUGAAACCACCGUCCGUAAGCUACAGAGUUACUUAGAGGCUACAGCAACAUGACAUGGGCUUUCAAAGCAGACUGUAGUACAUUGAAAUAAGAAUUAAGACAUUGGACUGCAAUCCCUCUAUGAUGGAAAGCACAGCCUGUGAGAUGAGAAAUGGCAUUAGUACUGGAUAUCGAAUACUUACCAUCUCAAACCUGUGAAGAUCAAUUUAAAACCUUCACUGCAUGGGAUUAGGAAAGUCAUUGUCAAAGCUUAAGUUUUAUUGCCAUUUAUCAGUUCCCAAAAACAUAACCAUUCUACUAGGUCAGAGGCAGAAUGAAUGGAAGACUAGUGAGUGACUUUCUCUUCCAAGAGAUAAUCACCUUUUCAAGCUAUCAGAACACAGAAAUGUUUUUAAGAAUCAUCCGAUGGGACUCUUGUUUUAGUCUAGUAAACUUGUGUGAAAUUUUACCUGAAGACUAUAGAAGUAAUGUAUAUAUUCGGAAAAGAACAAAUGAGCUACAUCUCUGAUGUGAAAUGAAGAAUUCUGUGGUUUCUAAUAAAACGCCAAACAACACAAUUUUACUGUGGAAAUAAAACUCCAUGAAUUGCCCAGCAGAUUACUGAACUUAAUAUCACUAAUGUGGUCUCAGAACCCCAUACUGCUCUUACUGCAUUGUAUAUUGUCUAAAGAAUAUAUAUUUUUGAACCCUUUGAGUACUGACUAUCCUUUCCCACUUUCAAAAUGUGCAAUUUUUAAAAUCUACAUUCGUUUUGUACAAAUCAAUCAACUGAUGUAUCUUGUAACCAAUAUUAUAAGAGGAGACAAAAAGCAAUGGAUUUCACAUAAGGCCAUUCAUCCAAACUGCUGUCUGGAAAAGUUCACCCCUUGGCUUCGGCUAAACCAUUCUUUUUUGUGUAGUUCCCUGUCACACUCCCUUCCCUAUUGUUUGAUUUAGUUUGGUCAACAACAGCCUUUUGCAAUCCAGAUAUACACCACCUGCAAUUCCUUUUCAAUGCUGCUCAAUUUUCCCUUGAAGAACAAUUAAAUAUGACUUCUGAUUUCUGCUAGCUAUCCAAAGCCAAAUAUAUCUAGUUGGGUCUUUUAUCCCACUGCACCUUGAGCUUUAUCAGUCAUUAAUCAUGGGCUGUAGUAAUCCAAUUUUAUUUCGUCAUUCUUAUAAAGGCAUUGCAUUGGCAACUGCCCAGUCCAUUAAAGUAACUUUCACAUGCAAGGAUGGUUGUGAGAAAUGUGACUAGAUCUUGUCAGGCCAGAAUAUGUGAUUAUAAAACAGCAAGCUGAAUUCACCUCUAGGUCCUGUUGUUAAAUUGUCUUUUUGAAAUAGAGGCAUCAGGGUAGAUUAAUGUCCUUUGUAAUCCUACUGUAUUUGUAUAGUGCCUUAACGUACCUGGGUGGUACAGUGGAGCAGCAGGUAGCACUGCUGUCUUGCAACUCCAGUAACCCAGGUUCAAUCCUGAUCUCUGGUGUUCUCCCCGUCACUGUAUGGGUUUCCCCAGUAGCUCAGGUUUCCUCCCACAUCCCAAAGAUGUUAAUUGGCUAUGUAAAUUACCCCAAGUGGUAGAUGGAGAAUCAGGGUGGAGUUGACAGCCAUUUGAGAGAGAAUAGGUGACAGGAAAUAAGUGAGGGAACAGGACAGAUGAGAACGCUCCGAGAGCUAUCAUGGACUGAAUGGUCUCUUUCCAUGUUGUAAGAAAGUGUGAGAAAACCUCCUAAAUCACGUUGCAUGUUUGUUUACAAAGACAGUGAAACGUAGAGAGAUUAGAGCAGGUGUCCCAAAGCUGUGAAUGUGGUAGUUUAAAUCAGUCUCGUAAAUUAGAGAAAGGUUGUGGGAAGGAGUUUUGGAGUUUCGGACUUUAGUCGCUGACGGUGGAGUAAUUAAAUACAAGAAUGUGCAAGAGGCUGGAGUUGGAGAAGCCCAGCUGUCUUGGCAGGUUGCAGGGCUGGAGGUCAGAGAUAGGCUGAGGAAAGACCUGGGGGGGGGGGGGGGGGAGGUGGACCUGAACAAAAGUGAUGCGUUGCUUAACUGGGAACUGAUGUAGGCCAGCAGAGGAAGGGUAAAAAGGCAAGAGCAGGGUUUUGGAUGAGCUUCAGUUUUCAGAGGAUGGAAAAUGGGAAGCUGGCUUGGAGUAUGGUGGAAUCGUCAAGUCUGAAUGUAACAAGAGCAUGGCUGAGAGUUUGGUCAGUAGACAAGGUAGCAAAGCCAGAGUCAAUGUUACGGAGAUCAAGAUCAGUUGUGUGGUGAUGCAGAAAUAUACUGGGAAGUUCUGCUCAGCUGAGUACAAUGCCAAUGGAGAGAGAGGGGAAGUAGGUAAGCCCAAGGUAUAGAGUUUGUAGCAGGGGCCAAAGGCUUUGGUCUUUCCAAUGUUUUGUUGGAUGUGCAACAAGCACGUGGAAACUGGUGCUAUUUCCAGAGCUGGAAGAUAAAGAUAGGAAAUAGGAGGCCAAGGCUAGAUCAUAGAGGUAAACUCUUUGAGUGGGGUUGCACGAUUCUCUGGCUACCACUGGAUGGAUAAGAGUUGAACCAGGGGAGAGCUGACAGCAGUGGAGGGAUGUGAGAGGAGGAGGAUGUAGGACUGCAGACAGGUGCAGGAAGAGGAGGCAGGAUAGAUUCUCAUUCUGACAGGAUUCUGGUGCAUUGGACCAUGUUGGGAGGGAGAAGCUCUGGUCAGCACCAACACCCAUCACAACGUUGGUUAAGAGGACAGGUGAAAGGGAAAAAAAAAAUCACUGUGUUGGGGAGCUGCAAAGUUGGCUCAAUGAGAGAGGUAAGUUUUUCCACUUACUGUAUGUGUGCUGUAGGCCUCCCAGUUCAGUAUUGCAGGAUGUUGUUUUCAGACUGAUGAAGGACAGCACUCACGGGAGAAUGUGGUCCAAGUUCACCUGGAGUCCUCUAACAACAGAACUGUAGCUGGUGUGAUGUGAAACUCACUUUGGAGACUCUGGGUAACUCAUAACAGGAAGCGCUGGUCAAAUUUUACAUCUGGUGUAAUUUGAUCCAAAAGUUGUAAACACUUAGUCCAAGCUAAAUCAAUUUUCAUGAGUCAGAGGGGUACAGCACAGAAACAGGCCCUUCAGCCCACUGAGUCCACACUAACCAUUUAAACUAAUCUUAUUUUAUUCCCCCCAUAUUCUCAUCAACUCCUCUCCUAGAUUCUACCACUCAUCUUAGGGGCAAUUUACAGCAGUCAAUUAACCUACCAUUCCAAACAUCUUUGGGAUGUGGAAAGAAACCGGUGGUCAUCAGGAGAGCGUGCAAACUCUGCACAGCACCCGAGGUCAGGAUUGAACCUGGAUCUCUGGUGCUGUGAGUCAGUGGCUCUACUAGCUGCACCAUUGUGCACCCCAUGGUGCUGGGGUGAUUAAACAGUCCCAUGAGGCUUAAUUUUCAAACAGCAAACCUCUACAGCCGCAUGUCAGUGUGUUUCACUGGGGUGAUCAGAUUUCCUCCUGCAGAUUAGCAGGGGGCCUUGCCCUCUUGGUGUAAGCAGUGAUGGAGGAGUUGCAAUCACCAGUCCAAUUCAAAAGUGGAUCAAAGCAACACUCCCCUCAUCAUACGGCAUAAACAGACAUGCACUGAAACAUUUAUUAUACAGUUGUGUUAAGGUGGAUAUUUAAGCAUAUUUAUAUUGCUUUUCCUUAUAGUUUCUGUUUCAAUCUGAAGCUAUUUAUAUUUAGUAAUACAAAAACUUAGCAACUACAAAAUAGGGGAUGGGGAGGUUUGUGACAUUUUAAUACAAUGUCACAAAGACCAUAUCAUUUUGGGAAUGAAGAAACUUUGAAAGGUUUCUUAUUACUAUCUUAUACCCAUAGUUCAAUGCUACUUUGAAUGUAAUUGGUAAAGG